AUGGCCUCCUCUUGUCCUGCCCCCGUCCCACCCACUUCAACUUCCUCUCCUGCUACACUGGGGCCCCUUUCCCCGGUGGCUGGGGCCGCCUUUAGGAGCCAUAUGGUUGGGCCUGUGCCGGAGAAGGAGGAGGUGGCGGAGGAAGUCCAACCCCAGGCUGCUCAGAGGAACUGGCCAUGGUCUUUUGUCCUAUUGGGCUGGUGGAGCCUGCUGCGACUGCCCGCGCCCCAGCGCCUCCGCAAUGUCUCGUUACCCAGGCAACCACUUGUUACCCAGUCUUCCUUUGUUCCCAUUUCUCCUGAUUCCUCCCAUGCUGGUAUCAAUGUGUCACAACCCCAAGCGGAGUGGGGCGCUGGGGGCGUGGUGUUGGGGGUGGUGGUGAUAGAUGAUGAGCAGCAAGGCCUUGACGUAGAUGGGCCCCCCGCCCACCCCCACCCCAAUCCCCCUCACCCCAGCCUGUCUGUGAGUCCAAAAGACAUCUCUACAGGACUUAAGCUGACCUUGGCCAUCGGACACUCUUCCAUCCAUAUCCCAGGCACCCGGUUCUGCCUUCUCCCCAUCCAGGUAUCCUCCCCGGGAACCAGAUCCACCGUGGCGACAUUGAGCAUCGAAUGUCAGGGUCCCUCUGGCGGGCCAUUCCCACCCUCCAGACCAGCUCCGGGUGAGACCCCAAGAGAAAUCCAAACAUUAAGAGAACUUGACUGUGUUAUCUUGGAAGUCAAGCCCAGCUGGAGGCUGACACUGCCCAGUUCUCCGAUGUCUUCUCCCGUCAGAUUCGGAGACCGCUUCAUUCCGUCCCGAGCGGGAGCCAACUGGAAUCUGAGAUUCCACAGAGAGGAUGACCCCGAGAGAUCACUGAGACAGAAAGAGAACACGAAAGACAACAGUGGGGGCGGGAACCAAAGUGAACUAGUGUACUCUGCCUUGCUCGAGAAUGAGCUGCUGGGAAGUGACGUCCAGAGACUCCGGGUCCAAAUAGCAACCCCAGAGGACAAGAAUCUCUUCACCUACUUCCGGAACACAAAGCGCUGGAGACCUGCUGAUGAAUUCUCUCAAUUUUCCUUAUCCUCCAUCAGCACUAAAAGCCAGAUCUUACUAACUAAUACGUCACCACCCCCCAGAAAAAUCCCUGGCACCCCUUUCAAAGUACUCGAAGCCCCAGAUCUAAGAGAUGACUUUUAUCUAAACCUCCUAGAUUGGUCUGCCCUCAAUAUGGUCACCGUGGGCCUGGGCAGUUUUGUGUACCUGUGGAAUGCCCGUUCAGGCCAGGUGACCAGACUCUGUGACUUGACUCUGGAAGGAGAUGUUGUGACUUCCGUGAGUUGUUCUGAACAAGGGAAAUUGGUAGGAGUUGGAACCGAAAAAGGCUUCAUACAGAUCUGGGAUGCAACUGUGGGGAAGAAAGUGUCCACCAUGGAGGGUCACUUGAGCAGAGUUGGUGCAUUGGCCUGGUAUGCAGACCAGAUUUCUUCUGGGAGCAAAGAUGCAAGGAUCCUCCAGAGAGACAUCCGGGCAUCACCACUACAGUCUCAACGGUGGCUGCAAGGUCACAGGCAGGAGGUGUGUGGGUUGAAGUGGUCCACAAAUCACCAGCUUCUAGCCUCGGGUGGAAAUGACAAAAAGCUUCUGGUCUGGAACCAGUGCAGCAGAAAUCCUAUCCAGCAGUACACCAAUCACAAGGCAGCUGUGAAAGCCAUUGCUUGGUCUCCUCACCAGCAUGGCCUGUUAGCAUCUGGUGGUGGGACAAACGACCGUUGCAUCCGCUUCUGGAAUACACUGACUGGGCAGGCCCUCCAGCACAUCGACACUGGUUCUCAAGUGUGCAACCUAGCCUGGUCCAAAAAUUAUGAUGAGCUGGUCAGCACCCAUGGAUAUGCUGAAAACCAGAUUCUCAUCUGGAAAUACCCCUCCCUGACACAAGUGGCGGAUCUCAAGGGCCAUGCCUACCGAGUUUUGUAUCUAGCCGUGUCUCCUGAUGGAGAAUCGAUAGUUACAGGAGCUGGAGAUAAGACCCUGAGGUUUUGGAAUGUUUUCCCCAAAUCCCGUUCCAAAAAGAAAUGUGUAUCUGUCCUUGAUCUCUUCACUAGAAUCCGAUAA